AUGAUGAAUCAUCUAUUAUCUAUUAAAGAGACAUGUGCAAACAUCUCUCAAACACUAGAUGAACAGAAACUUCAAAUAAAACAAAUUCAAAAUGAAAAUGAAGCGUUGAAACGCAAUGAACAACAAUUGAGAGAUUCGGAAUUUAGAGCAAAAAAUGACUUAAAACAAAUAAACUUUACAAUCAAAGAUAAGAACAAUGAGAUUCUUCUUUUGAAAUCAAAAUUGUCUUUAUGCGAAAAUGAAUUGAAAACAAAACUGAACAUAAUUGAGGGCAAAUUAGCUACUGUCCAUAAAAAUUGUGUCAACACGAACAUCACCUUAAAUCGAGUUAAUGAAACUAGUAAAUUGGUGAUGACAUCUUCUGAUAACUCCCCAAGGAGCAACCACUCAGAUACUGCAAAUAGGAAUUCACCUGUCGUCACUGAUCCAUCACCAAUAAUGCAACACUGUUCCUCCUCACCGCUCCAGAGUACUGACCUACCUGAACAUAAUGCUACCGACAUAGCCAAGUCCACCAUAACUACAACUGCUGAUCAAGAUGCUGAAGACAACAGUGUCACGACAAAUAGUGCUGCGAUGGCAACUAAUGUACUCUCUGAUGUUACUACUUUUUCUCACUUAACAUCAGCAACUAAUUCUAGUGAUUGUGCCCAUACUUUCUGUCUAAAAGCAGCAAUUACACCGCCCAAAACAACCUGUACUAGAUCUCCACAAGCGAUUAACAAAUCAACUGUUAAAUCAAACAAGAUUGCUGCAGCUAAUGUUACAACACCUGUUAACAGUAACAGUGCCCCCAGUGCUUCACUACCUAUUCCUACCGUUCCUAUUUCUUCGAGAUCAUCUAACUCUGAUAGUGUAUCCACCUUUAACAACCCGGACGAUAUUGGAUUCACAGGCGUACAUGACAAAAUAUUGAACGCCUAUUCAUAUCACGUGUUAGAUCUCAACUCCCUUUUGAAGAAUUGAGCAACAAACUGAAACUUUAUGCACGAAACAAAGGUGUCACUGUUACCUUUGUUCGACUCCUGAAGGAAUAUCACUUUCCUAUCACCACAGCUUAUUCCUUGAGGCUAAAUGUUGUAGCAAAACACUUUCAAUAUAUAAUUGAUGAUCCUGCCUUUUGGCCUAAAGGUAUAAUUUCGAAAGAGUGGAUUAAUAAGAACAAAACUGUAUAUGAAGACUUUGAUUAGUUCAAGUGUUAUUGUAUAUAUAUUUGUCAUUCUUUCUAUGACUACUAAACUUAACUUAAUGUCAUGGAAUGUACAAGGCGUCAUGUACAGUACGCCAUAUUUAUGUCAGAAGUUAUCUGACAUUGAUGUUUGUGUUAUACAAGAGCAUUGGCUUUAUCCUUGCAAUGUUAAUUAUCUUAAUUCCAUUGAUUCGCAUUUCUCUAGUGUUGCUGUCUGUGAUAAAUCACUUCCUAUC